AUGAGCUACCAUCAACCAGACAGCUUGUUUGUGCCCGAAGAGUCGCCAAUACCAAGGGAAGAGGUUGUUGGUGCGGUGCUGCCUCCACAAGCAUUCGAGGCAGAUCGUUUUCAUGGCGACACAGCAGUCACUGGAGCUGAAAAGGUUCAUGACCCUACGCAAGAGCCACUGCUCAAUCACCCGUACUUUCGCCUCGAUGUACCGACACUCCAUACCGAGAUUGACACGGCGUUACGAGAUCUCUGGAUCGACCUGCAAGGCUUCGAAGAUGACGACACAGAGAUGGCGAACCAGCGGGAGGUCAUACAGCAAGGACGAGCUAUUGGCGUUCCCAAGCCCUUGACUGUCACCACGGUCGGCCCAGCAGGCGCUGGAAAGAGCUUCUUAUACAAGGCGCUGUUCAACCGCCCCAACAUAACCAAGAGUUCCGCGGAAGGACGCUCGUGCACACUCUAUCCUACCAAAAUUGCACUCCAACCUGAGGCGCUUACCGAUACGACUAGAAGUGAUGUAGAUAUCGAAUUCUUCAACGCAGCUACAAUAUCCACCAUGACCGAAGGCCAUAUCAGGAGGUACCAUGAGUACCACUUCGGCCCAGACCGCGACCCGGCAGAUGAUGACAGCCGCCGUUACGCAUCAACCGCGAAGGAGUUCUUUGAUGUCGCUUUCAACACAGAAGGCACUGUUGACUCCGCCACACAUUUGCAGUCUUUACUUACAGCAGACAUGAUCAGUAAUGGCAACUUUUUUCAUGCUUGUGUCGACGCCAUCGAACAGCGCAUAUUGUCCUCAGGCGCCACCCAGAACCACACGCUUUCCUAUCUACAGGUUGAGGACGACAACAUCGAUCAAAUCCGAAGAGUAGCCGACAACCUAGCACCGUUUGUUGAUUUCCUCGUGAUCAAGACAGGUGCCGCUCUCCUGAAAGCAGGCUUGACUUUUAUCGAUCUGCCGGGUCUCCGCGAUAUCAAUCAGGAUCGCAUUGCAAGAGCCAACGCCAUUCGUAGAGACGUUGACGUCGAACUGAUCAUCUGCGAUCGGCCGGAGCGCGGCCUGGAGGACGCAGACCUUGACGCACUAAUCAGGCAGUCGAUCCGGGCACAUGGCUUCAACAACACAGUUCUAGUAUACAACAAAGUUGACACCAUUUUCAUGAGCAGCGUCCAGGACGCCAACGAUCGAAUACGCGACUCUACAAAUGCUCCAUACACCACAAUCAGAGCUUUUAAGGCUGAAGCUGAAAGCAUACAAGAUUACAGCGUCAAGCGGGCUUAUCUGACGUAUCUGCAAGAGCUGGCACUAAACGCUAUGAUUCGUGAACGAGCGGAAAACCUUCGUGAGAACAUCGUCACCAAGUACGCAGCCCUAGAUCCUGAUUCUCCCAACAACAUUGCCGUCUUUGCCAUUUCCGCCGCACAGUAUCUGGAAUGGCUAGACCCGUCCCGCCUACGCUCACCAGUCAUGAGUGUGAGCGACACUCGCAUCCCAGACUUGAAGCGGUACCUGUUCAGUCUGACCAGUACCCGCAACUACGAGCAUCUCUGGAAUCACAUUCACCUAGUCAUGGCUGAGAUUGCUGACAGUGGAACUCGUGUGCUGGAAAAGUUCGAAGACGAUCAUGGCUACUCAGCGUUCUGCGAGCAGCUCGCCAGGGAGCAGAUCCCCAUGUUACAUGCCGAUCUCGGACAGCUUGCCAAUACGCAGUUGCUACCGUCCCUACAAAUCUGGCCCUUCCAGCCGGACGCGGAGCAGCAGUUAGAGCUCAUGAAGGGUGUCAUUGCUGGGUGGCAGCAGACUGUCAACGGUCCAGUGCUCGUGGCGUCAUUUAGUAAAGCUCUGAGGGAUAACGGCUUCAUCGCCAAUAGCCGGGCACGAGCGUUGCAAGGCUUGCGUAUUAACUGGAAUCAGACAUUGCAGGAAUGCAUGGAGUCGGCCAUUGAAGCCUUCGUGAAGAACACGUCCGGGCGAUUCGCUUCCGGAUGGAAGCAAAUGUCUAGCAGAAUCGAUGACUGCAUGAACAAUUUCUUCGCCACGCUCGAUAACUCCGCCGACCAGACCCCAUUCAAAGACAGCUUCCAUCGCGAGUGGAGGAAACUCGAACACGCCAUAUUCACUAAGUCUGGGUCUUUUGAGUUUCAACUCCACCGCGUCGUGCGUGCCACUCACCGGUUUGCCACUACCGAAGAGGAUGUUGGCUGCCUGAUCGCUUCGCUCAUGGUACCUAUCUACCAGAAGGUGUCGAGAAAGACUGGAGCUGGCAAGUACUCACGCCAGGUUACAGCACUCAACCGCUACCUUGUGACCGUCGGGUGGAAUGGCGGCACGAUUGUAGACCGCUUUGAGGACGCAGUGGUGGCAGACUUGGAGGGUAGGCUGAGGCCGGUUGUGCAUUGGUUUUUGAAUGAGGUCAAGGCGGAGCUGUUGAAUUUCGUGAGGGUCAUGGAGGAAUUGUUGGAUAAUGAUCAGCAGAUGAGUGUUGGGCAGAGGGAGGCGAGGAGGAGGUUGAAGGAGGCGUUGCCGGUGUAUGAGGAGAGGUUGAGGAGGUUGCAGGAGGCAGUUCCAAGGCUGUAA